AUGAAGCUGUUCACAGGCCUCAUUUUCUGCUCCUUGGUCCUGGGAAUCAGUGGCAGCUGGUUUUCAUUUGUAAGCGAGGCUUAUGGAGGGGCCAAGGACAUGUGGCGAGCCUACUCUGACAUGAAGGAAGCCAACUGGAAAAACUCGGACAAAUACUUCCACGCUCGGGGCAACUAUGACGCUGCCCAAAGGGGGCCUGGUGGUGAAUGGGCUGCUGAAAAGAUUAGUGAUUUAAGAGAAAGUCUUCAGAGUUUCUUUGGCAGAGGAGACGAGGACACCAUGGCUGACCAGGAAGCCAACAGAUGGGGUCGCAGUGGCAAAGACCCCAAUCACUUCAGACCAAGAGGCCUGCCUGACAAGUACUGACUUCCUCCUCACUCUCUCAGGA